GGGUGCCUUUUUACCCACAAAUUUAUUUGCACCGAUGCCAAUUCCCUUGGACCAGCUUGGACUUGGAUAGGCCAUUGAAGCCACUGCAAGUUCAACGGCAAUACAAAAAUGCAAACAUCAUCUUCCCCAACAGUCCCCUCUUCUCUGCCAUGUCCUCCUCCCCAUACUACCCUCAAGCAUUCCCACAAUUUUUUCCAACCCGUUGACCGCCGUCACCUCCUCACCUCCAUCGCCAUCUCCAUUAGUCCCUUCUUCACAUCCUCUCAGCCUCCGGCCGCCGCCGCCCGCGGCCUCUUCCAAAUGCCGCCGGUUCGCCUCGUCAACCGGUACUACUUGGUGAGGGCCGGGGAGUCUGAAUUCGAGAACUUGGGGGUAAUUAACACAAACCCAGUUGCGAAGGCGUCUGUCGAUAGUGGGUUGUCUGAGAAAGGGAAGAAACAGGCUGUGAAGGCAGCUUUUGAGUUGAAGGCAAUGGGGGCGUGCAAAGAUGGUUGCUGGAUUUGGCCUUCCAUUACUCAGAGAGCUUAUCAGGCCGCCGAGAUCAUUGCAGUGGUCAAUGGUAUCAAUCGGAGUUAUAUAGUCCCUGAGUACAGCUUUCUUGAUGCUCGCGGAUUGGGAGCUUAUGAGGGCAAGAGCUUAGAUUCUCUUUCAGAAGUAUACGCUUCGGAUAGCAUUUCUCCGAACAUUAAACCUCCUCCAAUUGACGAUGGAACGCUAAAUGAAAGCGUUGCAGAUGUGUUUGUUCGCAUAACACAACUCAUGUCAAUUCUUGAGACUCAAUACUCUGGGAAUACUGUCAUUAUUGUUUCUCCAGAUUCUGACAACUUAACAAUCCUACAAGCUGGUUUAGUCGGGCUUGAUCUUCGAAUGCAUAGAAAUCUUUCUUUUGGUCCGGGGGAAGUCAGAUUUGUUGACCCUAGUACCAUACCUGCUUACAAGCCUCGUGCUUCAGCUGUAUAUAAGUGUUCGAACCCACCAAGCUGUACAUAAACUCCAUGUUUGGGUCCUUUGAGAGCAUGGAGUUCGAAUCAUAGGUUUGGAUUUGUGAAAAUGUCAAUAAAAUGUAAGAUAAAAUUGUUGAAUUUCGCUCAAACUUACAAGUUCAAACCAAAGAGUAUUUCCUUUGUGUCUCA